CAAAUGAGGGCAUUCCAUGCAACUGAAAAUUUCUUUGGAUGGCAAAGAUCAUCUGAAAGAAGAGAUGGCACUGAGACGUGUCCCAAUCCAUGAUGGGUCCACUAGAACAACUGUUCAGAUGAUCAAAAGGUAUAAUAAAACACUCUUAGGCGAUAAAUUGGGGAAGUUCCCAGCUCCCUUCUUGAUGAAUACUAUUCAUUUUGGCAUGCAAGCCAUUUUAUCCAAGGCCAUCGUGCGAUUCUGGUCUCAAAAGUUGCAACCUAGUGUAAAAAUGUCAUGGAGGGAUUACUUUCUCAAAGUUGUACCAACGGCUAUUGGAACAGCGCUGGAUAUAAACCUGAGUAAUGUCUCCCUUGUUUUCAUCUCUGUCACAUUUGCCACUAUGUGUAAAUCCACCUCUCCAAUAUUUCUCCUUCUGUAUGCUUUUGCAUUCAAGUUCUUUAGAGGCGGCGAGAACAGUGAAGACGUUUCCCCUCACGACUUCGUGAAAGCUUACUCAGCUCAUCUCAAGGGUUCCGGAAAGGUUGAGCUUCCUCACUGGACCGAUAUCGUUAAAACUGCCACAUUCAAGGAGCUUGCUCCAUAUGACCCGGAUUGGUAUUACGUCAGAGCCGCUUCCAUCGCAAGGAAGAUCUAUCUGAGGCAGGGUAUUGGAGUUGGUGGUUUCCAGAAGAUUUAUGGUGGGCGUAAGAGAAAUGGGGCUCGUCCACCACAUUUCUGCAAGAGCAGCGGUUCCAUUCCUCGUCACAUCCUUCAACAGUUGCAGAACAUGAACAUAAUUGACAUUGAUCCAAAAGGCGGGAGGAGAAUUACGUCGAGUGGUCAGUGUGAUCUUGAUCGGUGA